AUGAAGUUGAUCCGCAGGGGCAAGCGUUCAAGAGCGAAGAAGGGCUCGGCGGCUCCGUUGCAAUCUACCGGAGAUGUUGAUGGUGGAGGUGGAGGUGGCUCCAACAGCAGGCAAGUGGCGCCUGAGAACGUCCUCCCGGCUGAAUCGACUACAAUCGCUGGCUAUGCUAGCAGCAGAGAUGAAGCUUUCUAUGAAGCCUCUCCUUGGUUAGAUUCGGACUGUGAAGAUGAUUUUUUCAGUGUAAAUGGAGAUGCUACACCUGCGAGAUCAUUCAGUACAACUGCAAGCAACCAGGCCACAGCUGCUGCGUUUGGACCUCAGACGAAGCUACCUACGCUGGAGGCCAUCCUCCAGUCUGAGCCCCUGAACCUGAAGCCAGCCCCGCAGAUGAAGAAGCUAGGUGACCUCCUCAAGGAGAAGCAAGAAGGCGCCGAUGGCGCCGGCGACAUCUCCAGGGCUCGCGGCGGAGGGGGAGCUGGGCGGUGCUGCAUUCCCCAGCUUGCGCGGGUCAUCAGCUACAGGGAGAGGAGAAAUUAA